GCCAUGUGAGUUCAUCUAACCCUAUACCUUACUUGUAUUUUAUAUAUGUACAUAAUAUAUUGUAUUCUUCACUAUUAAUUAAGUCACCCGGUGUAUACAUUUUGAUCGAAAACUCCUGCAGUAAGAAAAAUAAAAUACAAAACACCAUUUAACUUAGCUGUUUUCGAAAAUUUUUUGAAAAUGUCAAACCCCAUACCAAGCAGCGUAACUACAAAUCCAUCUACUCUACUACCUUUAGAAUUGGUGGACAAAUGCAUCGGAUCAAGGAUACAUAUUAUAAUGAAAAAUGAAAAGGAAAUAGUUGGAACUUUAAAGGGGUUCGAUGACUUUGUAAACAUGCUUUUGGAUGAUGUGACAGAAUGUGAAGCUACUCCAGAGGGAAGGAGGAUAACAAAACUAGAACAGAUACUACUCAAUGGGAAUAACAUCACAAUGUUGGUACCUGGUGGAGAGAUGCCCGAAAUCUGAGUACAGUAUGAUUUAACACAAAGGUAUUUUUUAUACUUAUCAUAAGCCGUAACAUGUAAGUUUACAAAUAAAUGACAAGAUUUAAG